GAAAAACUCGCGGGGUUUUCUGAUGGCUGUCUUUUUUCGGACAAAGAGACGUAAAGAAGAGACUCAAAGGAAGCUCAGGAAGAUAGAGAAGCUCGAGAAGAUGGAGAAGAUGGAGAUGGUAGAGAUGGUGGAAGAUGAAGAAGCACUUCCAGAAAACAAUUCAAUCCCACUUUUUCUGGUGCAAUCUGUGCACUCCUGCUGUGGUCUUGCCCUUUUAUUGGCCUGUCUAUCAAAGUUUAGCUCAACUCGUCACCAAAAACAUCUUUUAGAGCUUAAGUGUUAGUCCAGCUUGGUCUUCAUUUUCUGUUGUUCAUCUUUACUGUCGUGGCUCGCUGAUUACUCUGCGAUAUCAAUUUAAAUUCAGGUUUGAUUUGCUGUGAUUACGAUUUUCAACAAAAGAAUUUUCACUCAAGCACAAGAAUGUUGAAUCAAUCAACAAAAAACACAAUCACAGUGUAUGGCAUGUAUUUCAACCCUGUAUUCCUGCUAAUGUUAAUUGAUUUUCCUUUUUCAUAGAACAAAAAACCAUUCAUAUCACUACUCGUAUUUAUUGUUCAUACCAUUCCUCUUAAUCCCAUUAUUCACUUUGCUCGCUUUACUCACAGUAUUCCCUUUGCUCAUACUAUUCACAAUACUCACUUUAUUUUCAUUAUUCACUUAAUUCAUUUUAUUCAUAAUUGUAUAGUAUGACUCUACAAAACUUUCGUAGUUUUUAAAACCAAAACUCUAUUUUUC